AUGUCCCCACCUGCGCAGGCGCCGUAUGUCCAGCCAGGAGAACCUCUCAAUGAAUUCCUUCGCUCGUUCUGGCAACGGCAGGUCGACGCUGCUGAGCAAGAAACCCCGGAUUAUAGGCAUCCGCCGUUGCCGUUGGCACGCAUCAAAAAGGUCAUGAAGAGCGAUCCAGAUGUCAAGAUGAUCGCAGCAGACGCACCCAUCCUCUUCUGCAAAGCAUGCGAAAUCUUUAUUUCCGAAAUUACAGCGCGGGCAUUCAUCAUCGCAGACUCCAACAAACGGCGAACACUCUCACGAUCCGACAUCGCAAAGGCCCUCUCGAAAUCGGACCAGUUUGAUUUUUUGAUCGAUAUCGUCCCCAGGGAGGAAGGCGUGAUGGGAGUGCAUGCGGGACAUCAUGCUGGGGCACCAAAUGCGGGUUCAGGUUCAGGAGCAACAGGGUCUGGGGGUAUGAGUAUGGGUGCGGCUGCGAGUGCGACCGUUUCGGGAACCACAAGCUCGAAUCCUGGGAACGUCAAUGUAGGUGUGGGCAGCGGCUCACCGAGCGUGGGUGGAAACGUAGGAAGUGGAAGCGUGAACGUGACGGCCGGAGCAGGGGUAGGUUUCGAGAGUACCACCGAUAUAAUGGGAUGCAACGAGAUGGGAUUUCAAUCUGACUGA